GUGCUUCUAUCCAGAAACUGCCCAUCUCCAUCCAUUAUAAGGCGGGAGGCAUCAACCAACCACUGCAUCUUUGUUUGAAGCGUGAGAGGCAGGCAGAAAAAAUGGGUUCCCUCAUGUCGGGCUGGGACUCACCUUUUCUGGACCCAGAUACAGUUAGAUUGGAAAGGAAUAGAUCGCUAACAAAAGAAGAGAUCGAGAUCUUCUGGAAGUUGCACAAGAAAACCGAAGAAGAGGAAGGGGAAAACUUCCAAAAUGACUCCCAUUCCCCGAAACAGUCUCAGGAAAUGGAUGCGAUCAGGCUGAAGAAGUUUGCGUUACGGCAUCAGCUGGAGAAGGGUGAGAAGCCAGGCGACAAUCCUGAUGAAUUGGACACCAAACCAGACAAGAGUGGCGACUGGUGGACCAGGAGCAACUGGGCUUUUCUCAACGAGCCUCCGCGGGACGAGAUGGACGACUCGGCUCAGAAAUACACCGCCCAGUUCCAUGUCGCCGCACUCGCCACCAAAGGAGAAUAACCCCGAUUCUCUGGUGACCUUUCACCGUUGCAGCAAUUAGCAUCUAUUUAUGAUGCAUGUCAUGUAUAUCCAACACCAUGCGUGUGUGCAAGUCAGUAUGUACAUAUGCCCAUGUUUGAUGUAGUUUAUUAAUUUUUAGGAGUUGCUGUGAUUAAGAGCAACACUAUUACCUUGGUUCCAAGGGAAAAUGAGAUACGCUGUUUCUUUCUUAUUCUUCAUUGAUUGAAGAACAAAGAUAAAUUUAUCUAUA